AUGCCAAUCGUUAUAAAAGAUUACACUUGGAAUCAAACCGAAACACAUUUAAAUAUUAGAGUUCCUUUUAAAGUAAAUCCUUCAAAAGCUGACUUGUUCAUAUCACCAAGAUAUAUAAAAAUAUCAAUGUGCACUUUAUUUUUUGAGGUUUUAUUGUUGGAACCAAUUGAUAAAAGUAAGAGUAAAUGUACAAAAUUAAUAGAUGCGAUAGUAUUUGAACUGGUUAAGUGCAAAGACAAAAUGUGGCAUACUUUGGAGCCAGACAUGACAAAACAGGAAAAAUUCGCUCUUAAACAACAACUUAUUGAGGAAGAGCAUAUUAGGUUUCAAAAAGAAUGUGAAGAAAAGAGUUUAAAACACAGUGAACUUAAAAAAGUUGCUGUAAGGGAGCAAAUUCAAUUGGAAACAAAACAGAGGGAAAAUAUUGAGGAAAUAAGACAUUACGAGAAAAAUAAAGCACUUGGAGAUGUGGAAACAUGGACUAAAAGUAUGACAAUUACAGAAUAUGAAGAAGACAAUCAUGAUGUUAUCAACCCAAACCAACAGAUAUGUUCUACAGAAGACAAUGAUUAUUUGGAAAAAAUCAAGAAAAUCAACAAAUUCAAUACAAGAAAACAUAAAAAGGAAGUUCUUAAAAAAGAAACAAUUAAAAAGGAAAAAGUUUCUGAAGUUCCAAAGCCAAGAACUUCAAAAUCAUUGCAAGUCUUGUUUACCCCAAGAGCAUUUCCAACACCUAGCAGAGAAUCUCAUUUGGAAGAGGAAAAUGAGUGGUUGAGAAAGCAAGCUGAAGCCAGAAGGUCAGCUGGAUUUAUGAGUGAAGAUAUCAGACCAGAGGAGAGAAAUCCUCAAUAUCUUUUGGCAAAGGGUAGCGAGUUUAUGAAGAAUAAAAACUAUUUAGCUGCUGUGAGUGCUUAUAGUUUUGGUAUUAAGCUUAGUGAGAAGUUUGUUGAUCUUUAUAUUGCAAGGUCGGAAGCUCAAAUGGGAUUAGAAAAUUUCAAUAGGGCAAUCAAUGACUGCAGUUCAGCUCUGGAUUUGCUAAAACCUGCAGUACCAAUAAAUUUGGAACAGAGAGCUCUGUGCAUUGGAAGAAGAGGAGUGGCCUUGUGCAAACUAAACAUGUUUAAACAUGGUAUUAGUGAACUGGAAAUCAGCAUAAAAAUGCUUCCCAAUGAGUUCUUUCAAAAGGCAUUAGAAGAGGCAAAAAUUACCCAAGCGAAUGAUUUAAAUGAAAUCCCCAAGUAAAACAAAUUAUAAUUUAUUAAA